AAUCUGUGAUUUUCAUUCGUCAAAGUAAAGAUUACACAUUAUUCUUUACAAAUUUUAGUAAACGUAAAUAAAUAGAUUUUUCUUUAAAUUAAGUUGUACAAUUAUAGUGGUCAUUAGGAAUGUAGUGCCUUACUGAAUUUAUAUUUAUUAUUGUCUCUCGCUAUACACUUUCCUGCUAUAAUGAUGAUCUCAUUGACGCGCUGACACUUCUCCAUAGCGAGAUUUUUGAUCGUUUUAUUUAUUUUACUAUUGCUCGGUCCAAUGACCUUGUGAUUUACAAUAAAAUUGAAGAUAUUUCACCAAAAUGAAGAAACAAUUUUAUAGGGUAAAGCAACUGGCGGAUCAAACAUUUUCAAGAUCUGGAAAGGGCGAAGCACUAACAGAUGAGCUGCAAACAGCUGAUCGAAAAGUGGAACAGCUUCGCAAUGCCCUGCAACUUAUCAGUAAACGGUUAUCAACUGGUGCAGGCAGUACUCAGGGACAAGACCCAUCGGCACGGGAAAAAAGACUGAAAAAACUCCCUGAAUAUCUUCUUGGGCUAUCAAUGUGUGAAGCCAGCAAUUUUGAAGACGAUGAGAGCAUUUUGAAAUAUGUUUUGCAUGAAUGUGGUAAAACUGAAAAAUUCCUUGCAAACGAAAUAGCUGAGCAUGAGCUGAAGGUAGAACAGUUGGUGUGCAUGCCCCUAUCUACCAUCAGUGAUCAAGAUCUGCCGGCAAUAAUGAAAGCAAAGAAACAGCUUAGCAGACUCAUAAGUGAAAAGGAAUCCGCUACAAGCAGGUAUCAGCACUUGGAACGACAAAAAGAAGAGAAUCCAACAAAGUUGAAUGCUGCUCGUGAAGAGUUGGAGGAAGCUGGAACACGUGUUGAGGCAGCCAGGGAUGCUUUAGCGACUGACAUGUUCGCACUAGUGGCGAAGGAGACCCAGUUAGCUCAUACACUAUUACAGUAUAUCAAACUGCAGAGAGCAUACCAUGAAUCUGCGCUACACUCCCUUCAAGACACCGUACCGGAGCUGGAGAGGGUUAUAAAUGACAAUGCGUUGAAACCCGUUUUUGGAUAUCCAUUAGAAGAACACCUAAGAGUAGCGGGUCGGACUAUAGCAUUCCCCAUAGAAUUGUGUGUAUGUACGCUGUAUGAACUAGGACUCAAUGAGGAAGGACUGUUUAGAAUUGCUGGAGGUACAUCAAAAGUGAGGAGAAUGAAAUUGUCGUUAGAUGCGGGAUUAUUCAACGUGCCGCUCCCACGUGACUACAGGGACCUGCACGUAGUCGCUUCAGUAUUGAAGUCCUAUCUACGUGAACUUCCUGAGCCACUACUUACGUUUAAAUUGUACGAAACCUUUAUUGCCACCUCGCGUCAACCUACAGAACAGUUGCGACUGAAUGCUCUCUGGGAAACCAUACAUCUUUUGCCAAAACCUAAUCUUGAUAAUCUUAGAUACAUCAUAAAAUUCUUGUCUGCUCUGACGCAAAACCAAAGCACGAACAAAAUGACUCCUUCAAACUUAGCUAUUGUGAUUGCACCAAAUCUUUUGUGGGCGGCAAAUGAGAGUACUUUCGAUAUAAACAUCACACCAGUAGUCAACUGUGUCGUAGAAUUAUUAAUAAAGCAUGCCGAUUGGUUUUUCAAAGACGAUAUAAAUUUCUUCGUAUCCUUUACUCGAGAAGACUUACUGCCUCAUCAGAAUGAAUAUAAUAUCACACCAGGCUAUGACCAUAAUGCUAUUAGUCAGGAACAUUCCAAUGGUGAUUACAGCAGUAUGAGUAGAUCUAUGUUUGAUUAUGGUCACAGUACGCAGACUAGGUCUGUCGUAGACGGCACCGGUCGGCACUCAAGGAGUAACAGUCACGACACUAGUUUAAUUUUAGUAGAAAACGAUAUCAAAAAAGCUCAAUCUAAUAGUUCAUUGUCUGACCAAUCUAGUCCACCGCAUGGUAGUCCGAAACCAAUAUUGAGGCGAAAGAAUAAGCCUCUAGCACCCGUACCCCCUAGUUUCACGCCAGACAAAACACGUAAGAUGGAAUCCCAAACCCAAACAUCUGAUCAGACCAAAGACUACAUCGGUGUACAAAAAGACGAGAAACCCUCGAAACCACCGAGACCUCUCGUAUCUGACAGCGGGAAAGUGAUAUCCGGCGUACAAACGAUCAACCGAUCUACAUAUAGACAAAAUAAAGCUUUGAAGGAAGAGGCCAGAAGCGGCAGCCGCGAGAACCUUCUGGACAUCCGCCGGCAAAGUCUCGAACUCGAGAAAGAUAAACUCGAAAACAUGAAGGGGGGAGACAGGGAGAGCACGCUCGUGGUGAAGAACGUGACCGCUCAAAUAGGUGUCGUUGGGAGAAUGAAGGUCGGCGAAGCGACAAGCGGACCGGUGUCACUCGGGUUAGAGAGAGCAGCGCCUCGGCCGCAGCCGGACCGGUCGGCCGCACCGGUCGCCCAGCCGGCAGCGCAACCGCCGCCGCGGCCCGUGGCGGCGCCGCGCACCGUACUACUGGCGCCGGCCGAGGACCCCGACCUGCAACUGCGGCACAAGCCCGCCGUGCCAGAGCGCCCACCCACGCUGCGCCCGCAGAGCUUCCGCGGGCCACGCGCCUCAGUCUCCGACGCGGACCUGAUCCCGACCGUGCUCGAACGCACUCACAUGUAUACGGUCGACAAGCACCAGCCCACGGUCAUCCAGGUGGGUGCGGGAACGGUACCGGGGGAUGACCGAGAGUUAGACGACGGACCGCGUGCAACUGUGCAACGCACACACAGCUCCGGAGGGAAGGACGCCGAGCUCGAGGAACACAAGGGUUUGACGAGCGCGAGCAGACAGUUGUCGCAGUCGGAGGGCAGCAUCACAGAGGUGCCACAGUCACCGCGGCCGCAGUCCCGGCCUCCUCCGCGCCCGCAGAUGCCGGCGCCGCCGCCGCCUGUAGCGCCGUACGCGCAGCAAGAGAGCACAGACCUCUAGUCGCCGAUUGUGCAAUCAUGCCUGAUUAGGAUAUUCGCAUAACUGACUCCGGUCCAGACCUCCAAUUGUGAAAUUCUCGAUACCAGAGGUCGCAAAGAAACAUGAUUGUAGUUGAUCAACGCUACUGCAGUGAUUUCUUGAUUAGUUGAUUGAGAUUGCUUUAAUGUGAGGACUGUCCGACUUGAAGUUGUAAAACGAGACUGAAAUGUUGUACUUUCUGCUAUGCUUAUUUAAUAAGUUCAGUCGAGUCUUUUUUUAUUUGCGUAAAACAAGUAUAACGUAUCGAUUUAUCUUUAUUUUUAUAAAACAUAGUUAUAUUUGUGAUGAACAAUUUCUAUUAUCAAACAUAAUAUUUUACAUUAGGAUUAUUAUAUAUUAUAGGAUUUAUAAAAUUGUUUACAUAAUAAUUCCAAUAAAUACAUAUCGGUCACUUUGUCAAUUUAGCCUUUUUAUGCUUUCAAUAAUAUUAAUUAGCAAAAAGAAAACUGUACAAUAUAGAAAUACUGCAAUUAUUCCUUGUGAUAUUAGGGAAAUUUAAUUACAGAAGCCACGCCACGCGUGAGCGGGUGCACAAAGGUAAACUGUUGUAUGAUGAUUAGCCAUAUUUUUAUAUUUAUGACUUAACAGUGCAUUAUUGUAUUAUUAUUGGCCACACUGUUUCAGUGAGUAUUUAGGCUUAAGUAUGUUAUGUAGUAUUUAUUAACGUUUUAUGUGAUAUGCAUCUUAUUAUUAUUAUACUGCAAGUAUACAAGCUUCUGUUGUAAGUAAUAUUAAUCAUUAUAUGACGUGCCGUGUUUUAUUUAAAUAUACUAUUGAC